GCGUGAUUCCUGCUUAUCGAUAUAGACGCGCACAGUGCGAACAAUCGACCGCCGCUCGUCGAUUAAUUCGCGGCGAAGUUGCGAUCGGCGUAUGUUAAUUUUAACCGCGACGAAUAUCGCUGUUUAUUUUGUUUCGCAGGCCGAUGUUUAAUGUCAAUGUUAACCCGCGCGGAAGAUCAUGAAGGUGAGGCGGCCGAUGUCGCCAACGGAUUGUCAUUAUUGCGCGCGGCCGGCGACGUGCUCGCUCGUCCACCUUUGAAAUAAUCCGCGACGGAGCGAGGAGCGAGCCGCGGCGAAGGAGAGGUUCUCGACGUUGGACACGGUUCUCGCGAUUUCCCGAAAUGAGCGCGAAUUUGGCCUCCGAUCCGAGAAAGAUCCUCUCGUUGAUCGAGCAGCUCUGCGAUCUGUCGCACACGGAGAUACAACAGCGGCUCAACAGAUACGUGCAGAAUGAGACGAAUGCGAAAGUGGUGUUUCUUAUAUCAAUACCGUUCGAGUCGGAGGAGAUGGUUAUUUAUGUGAUAGGUGAAGAAAUUUUGGAUAGACAAUUGAGAUUUCCUGUAAGUUUUUUGUGUCUCUGCAGAGAUAAGCGACCGGGCACGUUUUUAUCGGAUAUAAUAAAGAACAAUGUUUUAUAUGAGGCUGUGACAAGUAUGACAACAUUAGUCACAAGUGUUGAAAAACUUGAUCAGGACUUGCUAAGAUAUAUCAAUAGAAUAGCCAACACAUCAAGUUCCUGUCUUUCUCUUUUGACAAUUCCGAUACAACACCCUUUUAAGAAUUAUACAGCCUUGCUUGUAUGCCUUGUAAACCGUAUGAAUUGUACAGAAUAUAUGGAUGGGGAUGAAUCUGAUCAUGCUUGUAUAGAGAUAGUUCAGGAGUGCUUUAGAUUUUGCCUUGGAUAUAUAUUGAGCUCCUUGCGUUACUUUGAGGAAAUUCGCGAGAAGCAGCAAUGCCAGAAUUUGCUAGCUGUUUCCAGAAAACUUUACACGCAUUUGGGAGACUUAACUGAUCUUCUACGAGAGAUUAUGGCAGAAGUCAGAAAACUGACAAACGCGGAGAGAUGUUCCUUGUUUCUAUUAGAUCCUGACCAACAAGAUUUGGUCGCUAAAGUGUUCGAUGGUCUUUCCACAAAAGAAAAUGCAAAUGAAAUGAGGAUACCUAUCGGGCAAGGUAUAGCUGGUCAUGUUGCAACUAGCGGUAAAUUACUCAAUAUUCGUGAUGCAUAUAAUCAUCCCCUCUUUUAUCGUGGGGUCGACGAGUUAACAGGGUUUAGAACUAGAAACAUUUUGUGUUUUCCAAUACGAGAUGAGAAGGGCAUUAUUGGAGUGGCCCAACUGUGCAAUAAGAUGGAUGGUUUAUACUUCGAUGUCUCCGACGAAGAGAUCGCGACGGCGUUUAGUAUCUAUUGCGGUAUAUCGAUAAUGCAUAGUAUCGUUUAUAAAAAAAUGCAGGAUGCUCAAGCUCGAAACAAACUCAGCAAUGAGAUCAUGAUGUAUCAUAUGAAGGUGGAGGAAUCAGCUGUGGAAGCUUUGCUAAACUGCAGGGACGAUCACAGCAUUAAAAAUUUCGACGAGUUUCACUUCAAUCCGAGGAAUGUGCCGUACAAACACAUACCGUGUUACGUUAUCAGGAUGAUUACAGACUUGACUGCCUUUCAACAAUGGAGAAUUAAAAUGUCCACGCUCGCAAGGUUUAUACUAUAUGUCAAGAAAGGUUACAGAGACGCACCUUAUCACAAUUGGAUACACGCAUUCUCCGUGACGCACUUCGGGUAUCUGUUGAUAAAAAAUAUGCAGCUUGUCGACAAGAACUAUAUGACACCUCUGCACGCUCUGGUAUUCCUUGUGUCGUGCCUAUGCCACGAUAUUGACCACAGAGGAACUAAUAAUACCUUUCAGACCAAGUUGGGAACUGUAUUGGCAAGCCUUUACAGCUCGGAAGGCUCUGUUAUGGAGAGACAUCAUCUCGCGCAAACAAUGUGCAUCUUAAACACCGAAGGCUGCAAUAUAUUUGAGAGUUUCGAUAGCGACGAGUACAGCGAAGUCCUGGACUUGCUGAGGAACAAUAUACUCGCCACCGACUUGGCUUCUCACUUUCGUAGCAGACAAAGGCAAGAGCAGAUGAUUCGCGAUGGAUAUAAUAAGGAUGACCCAAGGCAUCGGAAGCUGUUGUUUGAAUUGUUCAUGACUUGCUGCGACCUUAGCGAUCAAACCAAAGACUGGAGAGUUGUGAAGAAGACCGCGGAACAAAUAUACGACGAGUUCUUUACACAAGGCGAUAUAGAGAAAAGCAUGGGCAGUGCGCCUGUUGAAAUGAUGGACAGGGAACGUGCGUCUAUUCCCGAUCUUCAGAUAGAAUUCAUUACUAACUUGGUCAUACCCAUUUUUACUAAUCUGUCGCUGUUGUUCUCGUCGACGGCACCCCUCGUCUCUAUGAUAGAACGCAAUCGUUCGUUGUGGGAAGUCGCUAAGGACUUGUUUCAAAAAUACUAUAAAAAUGGUAUGAAAGGAAUAGAUAUUUUACUUGAUCCCAACUUCGAAGAUGAGGUACUCGCAACACUUACUUCGGAAAGACACUGUUCCGCCAGCAAUUUUGAUGAAUGCAAAUCAUAGAGUGGAUACGUGAAAUAACGUUGGAGAGGAAGCUCCUUCCGGAUUAUGUCCGGAAUACAUCCGGUGGAUAUCUACUGAUAUCCACAAUUUGGAAGAUGCAUAUAGCAGAUACAAUAUGGAGUAAUACCAAUUGUUCAACUGGCGUUUUGUUCAUAACAUAAUGUGAUAAAUUUAAUUUUUUGCAGUUACAACUUAAAGAGAAAAACAAUUUUAAGAUUUGAUCCAUUUUUACAUGGAGAUACUUAAGCGUAAGGAAUAAAUUUAUCGAAAAUCAAAAUGUGAUUUUAAAAGCAAUCAACUAGUUGCAUUUAUAAUAUAGAGGUAGACGUAGAUCAUUUUUACUUGGACAAUUCGGGGAAAAAGUGAGGCAGUUAUAAAAUAUAUUUUGUGCACUGCCGAUUUAAAUUACUUUUGCACGUUGCAUAUCACCGUUGAAUAAGUAUGAACACACUUUAAGGGUAUUUUGGCACUUUAUUUCUCACUGCUGAUAUUUAUAACUAAUAAUUUAUGCGUAUGCACCUAGUAACUUUUGCAAAGAACUCUUGUCUUUACUUCCCUGGUGAAGAUAUACAUCUAAUGAUAACAAAUUAAAUGUGAUAUAAAUAAAAAAGGUGCUGUUUACACAAUUUGAAAUGUAUAUAAAACUAAUUAGCAUUUAUAAAGGAUAUGUACUAAUAAAACAUAUGUGAUAAUAUAUUCGUUGUUUCCAGUUGGACUUUCUGUUCCGGCUGCAGGAAUGUA